AUGGCUUUCCCCGGCGAACGCUUUGCCCUCGACUUAGAGGAUGAUGUGCGAAUUCCUGAGAACCCUGCUCCCUCCCCCUUCGACUUGAUCGGUGAAAUCCGCGAACGAGAGCCCACCGCCGCCGAGCCGCCAGCCCCAACUCCCACCGCUUCGUCGACCGGUUUCCCCGCGCACCGUCGGCGCAACAAACCCUCGUCUUUCAAACAGCGCCGAGCAGAGCAAGCUGCCGCACCAAACCCAGCACCGACUCAACCGACCCCUGGGUCUCUGCAGGAUGACAAGAAGGCCAUUGGCGAGGAAAACCGCCGCCAUCUGGCGUCCAUGUCAGAUGCGCAGAUCGAGAAGGAACGCGAAGAGUUGAUGGCCUCAUUGGAUCCGGGCCUAUUGCAACGGUUCUUGCGACGUGCACGGGUCGAUGAUGAUACACAGGGAGAAUUCGAGAACAAGACCCCUUCAUCCAAUCCGCCAGCGGGUCUAGAAUCAAAACCAGAGCCUACAUCCAAAAAGAAAUCGGUCUCCUUGGAUGUCCCGCCCCAACCGGAGACAUCCAAAAAGCAAGAAGCUCCUAACCCACCCGCGUCAAACCCCGUAACAAACCUCCCACCGGGCCACGACGACCUCCCACCAACCCAAAUCCCCGCCGACCUCCACCCAGCCUCAGAAUACCCAACAACGAUGGACCCGUCGACAAUCGAGCGCUUCCACUUCCCCCAACCAACACAGCCAAUGCCAACCCUCGACCCAUCCUCGCCGAACUUUCUUGAUGAACUGAAAACCCACUACUUCCCCGAAAUCACGCACGACCCCACCGCUCUCUCCUGGCUUCAACCACCCUCCACAGAUAAAGAAGAUCCCGAAGCCGAAUCUGCGUACCACCCAUCUAGCAUCGCAGAGGGUGUCGUGCCAUCCGCCAUCCGCUUCUCUCUCCGCGGAACCAUCCUCUCACCGAGCACUUCUCUUUCUCUCCCCACAACGCUGGGCCUGCACCACCACGGUGACGACCCGCAUGCCGCGGGCUACACGGUUCCCGAGCUGGCGAUUCUCUCCCGCUCGACAUUCCCCGCACAACGCUGCAUUGCCUGGCAGGUUCUUGGCCGAAUUUUGUACCGGCUUGGAAAGGGCGAGUUCGGCGAGCGGGGCGGUCAGUUGUGCGAUGGAUUGUGGUUCGUCAUUGAGAAGGAAAAUGUAGUUGCGGGUAUGUUGGCCGAAGCAGAUGGUGCGGCGGGCUCUACAAUUGGUUCUGGGAAGAAUCAGUCUUCCAAUGGUGAUGAGAGAGGUUCUUUUCCCGUAGCCUCUGGUAUUGGAAAACAUGCUAGUGCGAGCGCGUGGGCGGUUGAAGGUGUUUGGUUGUGGCAGAAGGGUGGAGGUGGUGAUCGGGGUUUGUUGAAAGAGGGACAGCAUCGGCCUCUGUAG